GUUUUUUUUGUUUCAUCUGACAUCGCGCCCAUUGGAGAACAUCUCUCCAUCAGCCCUUUGGAUUUGUUGUUUUCUGACGGAGCUCGUGUUUAGCAGUGAAACAUUAAAAAAGGAUUUCACUGAUGUAUGCGAUGUGGAGGCUGCAAGUCGCCUUAUGUACUCUGUCGGUGCUGCUGUCCCUGUCAUCUGGUGGAGAAAGCAAAGCGCGGAGCUGUAGCGAGGUUAGGCAAGCUUAUACCGCUAAAGGAUUCAGCCUCGUCAAUGUACCUCAUCAGGAAAUAUCAGGUGAACACCUGCGUGUCUGUCCUCGGGGAUACACCUGUUGCACAUCCGAGAUGGAGGACAAACUCAACCAACAGAGCAAACUGGACUUCGAGAACCUGGUUGAGAAGAGCAGCCAUAAUAUGAGGACAACAUUUGUCUCGAGGCAUAAAAAGUUUGAUGAGUUUUUCUUGGAGCUGCUGGACAAUUCUGAGAAGUCUCUUAACAGCAUGUUCACAAGGACGUACGGGAAACUGUACAUGCAGAAUUCAGAGGUGUUCCAGGACCUGUUCACAGAGCUAAAGCGCUACUACACAGGAGGCAACGUCAACCUGGAGGAGAUGCUGAAUGACUUCUGGUCCAGGCUUCUAGAGCGUAUGUUCCAGCUGCUCAACUCCCAGUACCAUUUCACUGACGACUACCUGGAGUGCGUCAGUAAAUACACAGAUCAGUUAAAGCCCUUUGGUGAUGUCCCCAGAAAACUGAAGGCUCAGGUCACCAAGGCCUUCAUCGCUGCACGGACAUUUGUCCAGGGGCUAAUGGUGGGACGGGAGGUCGCCAACAGGGUUGCCAAGGUGAAUGUAGCUCCAGCAUGUGUCAGAGCCUUGACCAAGAUGCUGUACUGUUCCUACUGUCGCGGCAUGCCUGGACUGAAACCCUGCCACAACUACUGUCAUAAUGUUAUGAGGGGCUGUCUAGCAAACCAGGCUGACCUAGAUGCUGAAUGGAACUUCUUCAUUGAUGCUAUGUUACUGGUGGCAGACAGACUGCAGGGACCCUUCAACAUUGAAACAGUCAUUGAGCCAGUCGACAUCAAGAUCUCUGAGGCCAUCAUGACCAUGCAGGACAACAGCAUGCAGGUGUCAGCCAAGGUUUUCCAAGGGUGUGGCCAACCAAAGCCAUUAGGAAUAGGCAGGUCUGCACGUGGCAUCUCAGAUGUGUUCAGCACACGCUUCAGACCCUACACCCCUGAAGAGAGGCCAACCACAGCAGCCGGAACAAGCCUGGAUAGACUGGUGAUUGACAUCAAAGGGAAGUUGAAGGAAUCCAAAAGGUUCUGGUCCAACCUCCCAGAUGACAUCUGUGCCAAGGGCAAUCUCACAGAAUCUGAUGAGGACCAGUGCUGGAACAGCCACACUAAGGGCAGAUACUUCCCUGAAGUGGUAAAGGAGGGUCUAACCAACCAAGUGAACAACCCAGAGGUGGAGGUGGAUAUCACAAGGCCUGACACACUGAUACGACAGCAGAUCAUGGCUCUACGUGUCAUGACCAACAAGCUAAAGAACGCCUACAAUGGAAAUGACAUCUACUUCCAGGACUCUAGUGAUGAGGGCAGCAGUUCUGGCAGUGGCAGCGGCUGCUCCGACGGCUGCACAACAGAGUUUGUUUUUGUUGGAACAGAGGCUCCUGUGAUUGGAGCUGACAGAAGUGAUGAACGUGCAGCAGCGGCGGCCGCAGGCAAGUCACUUUCCCGUGGACCCUCCCUACUGCUGGUGAUGGUCGCCCUCACACUCCCACUCUGGGCAAUGCAGACUCAGUGGAGAUAAUACAUGGGUGUGGCCUGAUCACUGACUUUUAUACUGUUACAUACAGUAUGAUUAACAGCAAGUUCUACUGCUGUUCCCUCACUGGACUAGCAGAGCGUUUUGGAAACUUGUCAAAAAUGGCUUACUGUGUGGUAUGAUAGGACUGGAAGUGAGUGCAGUGCUGCAUCCUGCUCGUCCCCCAAAGAAUGCUCGGUGCCAUCACUGAACCAGCUUUCACAUCUCUGAAAAAAAGAAAAGAAAAAAAAAAGAAAUGUGGUGUUUUCUCAUUAUUCUAAUGUGGGUUUUGAAAACAUGCUUCUCUUUUAGGCAGUGAAAACCAUCAGAUCUGAUUUUUGAAGGGGAAUCUAUUUUACUUUUCUUUUGUAUGAAUAUGUUGUGAAGACGAGGCAACACCCAUUUUAUCCUAUUAGUCUCGUCCCCCUUAGACAAAAAAGAGAAAGUCUUACUGUGUGCAUGUGUGGAAAUGAUGUUAUCUGACAAAACCCUUUUUUUUUUUUAAAGCUUUUUUUCUUUAAAAUGCAGGCUACACUGUUUUGGAUCAGCUGGUACAGGAUUAUACAGUGCUAGUAGUUCACCCGGUUUCCUGUUUGAUCAUGUCAGUGUGGCUUCAGGAAAUAGCAGUUUUUGCAGCCACUUUAUAGUUGCACAUUUAAAAGUGCUAAUGUAAUGCACUAAAAGAACUUCUUUGCACAGAUUAUUUUUGUUGGCUUCAUAAGUUUAUAAAUCAACAGGAAACAUCCACCCCAUAGACAAAGAAGAACUAUAUUUUCAGAUCAUUUAACUGAUUGUAUUGUACUUAUAAACAGUUGCAGUAUGUAUUUCACUGGAAGGUACUGUAAUGUAAUCGUACUGAUUUAGUUCAUGGCAUACAUUGCUGAAUAAAUGUAUCAUUUGUUUGAUAUUUGAACAUCAGUAAAAUGAAAAAAUCAAGAGAGUUUUAGCAACAAAACUAAGCCAUUAUACUACUUUUGCCUGCUAAUAAUAUUCAGUUACCUGAUUUACUCUCUUCUGUUUAAGUACUUCACGUGCAUUUGAACAGUUCACAUUACUCAGAGCAUAUUAGUGAUAUGAGGUUUAUGUUAAUGACAAUUUCAUUUUCCUGGCUCCUAUGCUUUAAAUAUCUAUCAUUAUAAUUUAGUUUGUAUGUUUAUGUUAUUUGUUAAUUUUACAUAUGGGAGGUUACACAUUGUAACGCUUGUCCUGUAAGCUCACAGACAGCCCUGUUUGGCCAAUAAGAACAGACCCGCCCACUCUAGGCUCCAGGUUAUGGAAGUGAUAAUGCCUUUUUUUAACAGACCUGUACUAAGUCAGUAAGUCAAAAAGAAGCAGGGUGUCAAGGUUAGAGGGCUCUGACUGUGCUCUUAGAACUAGGGUUACAAUUCAUAACCUUCAUUCCGUCUCCUGCAGGCUUUGACUUCUAACAGGCUUGAGAGGCUCACAGGGUGAAAAGCUUGCAGCAAUUGCAGCAUGCAUCACUCCAGCAACACAUUUGAUGGCCUUGACCUCUGCUCACAAAGAAAAGGCAGGUCACUGAAAUGUUGCAAGAAUACUGUAGAAACCCAUGAAAGGGACAAAGGUUCACAGGGAAGGACAGUUGAAGCAGCCACCCUCGUGUUUGGUGUGCCUGGAGGAUCCAAUCCAAUACAGUCACAAGCUCACAAGCACCUGAAAUGCUUUCACAUAUGCUUUCAAAUAGCCAAUGAGCAGUCUUUUGUCUCAGCAGGGGUUUUUUCCAGUGCUGUAAUGCUGUAAUUAACAGCUGCUCAGUCUCAGAGAGUUUCGCCAAAGCAAGAAUGGGACACAAGAGUUUCUCCUCCCUGUCACAAGCAUGAGGGGAGAGUGAAAAUAGCAUUCUCAAAAACUAAAAAAAAAUCUGAUGCUCUUCAGCGCAAAUGAUAGGUGAGGGUGAAGUGCAGCGCUUCUGUGGGCCCUUCAAAUGAACAAACAACUACAAUAGACUGAUGUUCACAUUGCCAAAGUUUACACCAGCAACAUGGUUGUCUUCGCAGACAGCACUUUGAGGGAAAUCUUUUUUCUCAGUGGACUCAUAUGACCCACGAGAGAGAGAGAGAGAGCCCACAGGAAGCGCCCACUGCAGAACAGACAGGAAAACAUUUGACCUCUGCCACCUCACUCCCUGCAGAAACACUUUAGGUGAAGGUGACCGAACAUUAUCCUCCCACCAAAACUAGCAUUUCACAAUUAAAUCACUGAUAUGUAAACUUUAAUCGUGGAGUGCAUCAGGCCUCGAUCAACCGAAUCCUGAGGUGAGACAACGAUGAACUGAUAAACAUAAAGUCCUCCCUAACAUCAACCAGUCCAGUAUAGAAACACCAGGGACAGAGAAAAAUCAAGACGUACAUAAUGAAUGAAACAUCCGUUGCUGAUGACAACAGAGCUGUGUGGAGCGAUAAGGAGACUGUAACGUUCCUUUAAAAUAAUGUAUGAAACAAACAUUAAUGCCAUAUUUCCAUUUUUUUUUUCAUUGUUUGAGGUUUGGCUAUCGUUCUUUUAACUACUUUAUCUCAUGCCCCCUUCUAUCAAAAUACCAGCAUACCACAGCUGUGACACAGGGGAGUGGGUGAGCAAUAUUGAAAUGAUAAAUUAAUUCUUUGAACAACAUCCAGUCCAUGUAACUAAGAGGCUGCUAGAAAAGUCUUAGAAGAGAAUAAAAGAAAACAAAUAAAACAGGUACUCACCAGAAAAUCCUGUCAGCAGCAUUGGCAGAUGACCACCAACAACAUAAUCCUUAGAGAUAGUGGUCACCAAUGGAAGCCCUCACAGGUUGAUUUCAUGAGUUGAGGGCUGGGAAGAAAUUUAAAAAGAAAAAAAAAACACUAAGUGGAGGUGAAGCAUGUCAGGCCAUCCCCCAUGACUAGAAUUCAUCCACUUAUGCAAUUACACCAUGACACUAGAGCUCGAGGGGGAGGAGGUCAACUUCAUCUCAUUGGUCCUGUUGCUCUUUCAUUCAUUGGUUAGAACGAAAUGAGUAUUUUUAAGACCUUUGUAGGUGAACCCAUCCUGAUUGUCCGAAAAAUGUACAUGCAAAUAUCAGUGCAUACUGCAGGGCUGACUUAACAAGCC